CAAUAGGUACAAUUAACCCACCAAUGUUUCGGGGGUUUUCCAUGAACCCCGAAACACAACCUCAAUCUUUCGCCGUCCCUCGCUGGACUUCUUUCCCCCAAAAAAAUCCCUGGCUAUCUCUUCUCCUGCCUGCCGCAUUGGUCGAGAGGCAGUGCCAGUGUGCCACCACUGCGCUGCAGUAAUUUGUGAAUCUUCGUCGCCAGUUUCUCUCUGUUAGGUUUCCAAUUGGGGUAAGGAAGGGGACAGAAAGGGAGAUAGAGAGAGAUGGGCAGUUUGGAUCGAGUUGACGAUCGGACAUUUAGGGUUAAUUUCUCAGAGGAUGGUGUUGGAAAGUUGAGAGAACGAGUGAGGGAGAAACUCAAGGAGUUCAUGGGGGAUUACACGGACGACACUCUCGUGGAGUACGUAAUCGUGUUAUUGAGGAAUGGCAGGCGCAAAGAAGAAGCAAAGAAUGAAUUGAAUGUUUUUCUGGGGGAUGACAGUGUUUCCUUUGUUUCUUGGUUAUGGGAUCACCUGGCUUCAAGUGUAGAGUUGUAUGUGAGUCAUGGGCACACCGAAACAGAUAUAACGACCGAUUCAAGGAGAGUUCUACGGACUAAUAUAGUUGGAGAUGAUUCUCAUCAUGUAGAUUUUGAAUCUAAGAAAGUAAACACUGAAAAUAUAUCUCGGAGUCGGCAUCGAAGAGAAUGGAGAGACACAAAGCUUGGACCAACUGAACAGCCUUCUCUCCGUAGUUCUGAGGUUUUGGAUGCAGUCAUGGAGGAUACAACUCAUCAUAAAGUCAAUCAUGAAAAGCAGUCAGCAUCACCUCGAGCUUCCCAGAAGAAAAAAAGAAGUCGGCAUGAUGAGGGAGAAGCAUCGAAGAGGGAGAGGGAGACAGUUGCACUAGCAACUAUUGAUGCUCCUAGGAGACUACUCCAAUUUGCAGUGCGGGAUGCUUUGGGAACUCCAAAGGCAUCUAGUUCAGUGAAAGAGCCCUCCCUCAAGCGUCUUCGCUCAGUUGUAUCUACAUCCACUGAGGAGCCAACACAGCCAGUUGAUCGCCCUAGAAGGAUGCUGUCUAUUGCUAGAAUUCCACGAGGUCCUAUGGCUACCAUAAUCAAGGCUGUGCAAGAAGCUGCUGAAGAUGUAACAAAAGUCAAAACCCCAAGAAGUGUGUUUGACCGUCUUGGCCGGGAUUCAACUUCAUUCGAGACCACUUUAGAAUAUAGGGAUGUGGCUAUGGAUGAGGAAGAACUCGCAUCUAACCUCCUUCGGGGAAAUCAUAGAGGUUUGACUUCCAACUUCAUGUGUGAAAAUGGAAACUAUAGUGAUGCCAUGGGUGUGGACGAUCGGGAUAUUGAAGUUCUGCCAACUGGAACAUCUCAUGUCAGCAAUGAUGUACACCAAUUCAGGGUUCAGCACAAUGCUGGUGAUUUUGUCCCGAAUAAAAGUCUACAUCAAUCUGUUCAGCAUGCAAAUGCUUCAGGGAAGCAACCUCAUCCACAUCAAUUGCCGCUAGCUGGGCGAUUAGAGAAGCCUUCCCGGGACAAUGGGACACAUACAGUGAAAGUUGGCGCUCAGAUUAUGAAGGAGAACAACAAUCCUGUUGUGGUUGGUAAUGGCGAUGGAAAACUUGCUACAGACCGUAAAGAACCUCAGCGAACAUCGCCAACUACGCCUGUCUCACUUACAGCUGGUCGACCUCUAGAAGAUGCCGAGUCUAGAACUAUUUUCGUGAGCAAUGUUCAUUUUGCUGCCACCAAGGACAGUCUUUCUCGGCAUUUUAAUAAGUUUGGUGAGGUGCUUAAGGUGGUCAUCAUAACUGAUGCUGCAACAGGACAGCCAAAAGGAUCGGCUUAUGUAGAAUUCACGAGGAAAGAAGCAGCAGAAAAUGCUUUGUCACUCAAUGGAACUUCUUUUAUGUCGCGGAUUCUCAAGGUGGUAAAGAGAAGUGCUGCAACCCUAGAAGAUUCUCCUCCCUUGAUGGCUUGGCCACGCAGUGUCCCACAGGGCUCUCCUUUCGCUGUUGCCAGGUUUUCGAGAUCCCCUUUUGCUAGAGGCAUCCCCGGUGGGGGUGCAUUCCGAGGUCGCCAUAAGCCUGUUGCCCGGAGUAUGCAGUGGAAGCGUGGGGCUGCUGAUGCCAGCGCUAGCACGAGCAGCAGUGUUAAUUCCCCUGGCCCCCGCAGUCUUACCUAUGUCAGGACGGAGCCUAAACAGGAGGGAACAUCAGCUUAAGAAGCAAUUCCACAACUGCUUUCUUUUUUUGCUGCCAAACGAAGAGUUGCAACUAUGUGAGACGAGGAGGUUCGUUUUCCUUGAUUCGAUUUGAGUUCUUGGAGAAAUACCUGAACCAGACCGGAGUUGGUUGGAAGUUUUCAGUUGCUGAUGAAGUGACUCCAUAGUAUGGUUUGCCGUGAAUGUUUUGAUUAUUAGAGCGCAUUAAGUAAGCUGGGUGCGGGAAAAUUAUGUGAAUAGAUUAGUCGUAUAAUUUAUUUUCUGGUAGAACAGCUUUUCCUUUCUUGUUUUCUGAUUUUCCUUUUCCCUCUUCUGUUGCUGUUUUUUUGGAGGAAAGAGAGAACGCAACCAAAAAAAAAAAAAAAAAAAAAAAAGAAGAGAAAAAGGCAUGAAAAAUGCCAAAAGAAAGAAAAGAAACAUAUAUAAGACUUGAAAAAACAUAUUUGGGGGAGAAGAUAACACUGUUGUCCCUUCGCCAUUUCUUGUGUCUUGGUUAUGUACUUAUGUAUGUUUUGCACAAGGGUUAGUGCUUUAUGGUGAGUUUUGUAACGAGCCAAUUCAUAACAUUUGUUGAUCUAUGUUAUUUCGGAUACGGGUCUAUGUUAUUCGUGAAGGUAACGUGUCAUCUUUGAUUCUU